AUGGCAUACGCCCCAUCCCCUCGCUUGUUAGUGACCCUCUUUCGCACGUUGCUCAAUACCUUUAUCCACUCUGCUGGAGACGAUCCUCUGCUUGCACAAGCUCAUGCCAUAUGGAAACAUGAAGCUACACAUUCCGAUAAUGUAUUAGUGAUGGUACCUAUUGUUAUCAACAUCAUUUUGAGCGGGCUGAUCCGGUAUAUCCUUGGACAUGUUUUGAUGUCUAUUCUCAUACUUGAAAGUGUGGAAAAUCAGGCUUCUAGAUACAUUCCUGAACUGAGCGGCAAGAAGCCUGGUCCAUCCAGCCGUCACCUACUCCAAACCAUCGCCACCCUGUACCGCAAGGGUAGUUUACGUCUCCUCCUGAAUGGCAUUGGCUCCGCCUCCAGCUAUUGGGUAAAGCACUUGUGCACGAAGCAAAUGCUAAUGAAAGCAUUAUUUCUUCCUGGCCCGGUCGCGUAUGUCGUCUCCUCGGUGCUGCUCGCUGAAUACCAUUUCUUGUGGACAGCGCGCACCAUACUUCCAAGGGACCAGCAGCGCUUCGUGCCAGAUUCUCGCGAUCGCCAACGAUGGAAAGCUUUGGUACCGGCCACGGCACUAUAUGCGGUUGCUGAAUCGUUUAUGAUGCAUGUACCUGCCAUGUUUGACAGCGACCUCGCACCGUCCGCCACCACGGAGAUCACGAAGGCAUACUUGUCGGGUAUUGUCGGGUCCGACAUCUUGGUGUCGGGAGUCAUGCUCGCCGCACAAUUGUUGCUUUUCUUCCCUUCAUUUAUAGCGUUGAUUCUCGUUCAGACCAGUCUGUUGCCGUCUGCAUGUGAGACGCUGGUCUCAGCGCCGGUGAACCAGCGGCGACAGCAGCAGCAGCGGGGUAGUCGUGUUGGGGAGAUCUUUGCAGCGUUCAACAAAGUCCCACUUCUGGUACAGGACGUGGUGAAGAUCAUUGGGGUGAGGCAUGUGUUGUGGUGUGUUGAGUUGCAGGCAAAGAUGUGCUUGAGUCUGGUUGGGGUUUCCGCUGUGGUGCAUUUGGCGGUUCAUAAUAUGAAGUAA